GUUCGCGACGACGCGACACGAGUAGCUGCGACUGACUUCUCGGUACUUGAUUGCGCGUCGGGGUGUUAUCGCGACGGGGCGAGACGAAAGAGAGAGAGAGAGAGAGAGAGGGAGAGAAAGAGAGGUCCCCAACACAUCACUCUCUCCCCUGGUACGUGCGUCGUCGGUGCGUGUGGUGAGUGGUCGCAUAAUACUGUGGCGUGGUGUCGUGUGUCGGAGGACCGCUGACAUUGAAAGUAUCCCUGCGAUAAGUGGUGCCGCCGUCGCCGCCGCCGCCGCCGCCGUCGCCGCCGCCGUUGUCGUCGUGCGUUCGCCCGAUGCUGAAAUGAAGCAGAAGCGCGUCAUGUAUGGCGACGCGCGGAAACUGUGCGAGAGACGAACGCAAUCGGCCCCGUACGGGCCCAGCCUCGCGUCGGACUAACGAUCAAUGGCUUUAUUCGAGAAGAGAUACACGAAUAAAGUGCUGUUAGAUGAUACGGAGCAGCUGACGAGCGUCAUCGAAAAUGCGAGGACCAUCGACGGGCAUACGGAAUACGUAAUCAAAACACAGAGAGGUCCACUUCCCGAGAGAUCCUGGAGAGUGAGCAGACGUUACAAUGACUUCGUACAGCUCAACGCAGCUCUGUCCGUAUCUGGCUUCGACCUGCCACUACCGCCAAAAAGGAUUAUUGGUAACAUGGAGCCAGACUUUAUAGCUCAGCGACAAAUAGCACUGCAGAAUUAUCUAAACAUAGUACUAAUGAAUCCUAUACUGGCAUCUUCGCUUCCCAUGAAAAAGUUUUUAGACCCUGAGAAUUACACUGCACCGUUACAUGAAAUCGCACUGCAACAAGUGUCAUUAGCAUUACGCAGCGAUGCCAAUUUCGAAGUAUGCAAGCCCAUCCCCGAUAUGGGAUGGCGAUUGAGGAAGCAUUAUUAUACUGUGAAAAAUCGUCAAAAUCCGAAGCAGGAACUUCUGCUUGCCUGGGUCGAGUUCGGCCCCGAUAAGCAUUUACAAGAUAAAGAUAUACAGGGGGUUUUCAAGACCCUAGGCUCUCUACGACACACUUACAUCGAACCAAUAGUACACCAGCAUGUUACAGACAACGGGGCACUAACGAUAAGAAAUUUCUAUGCGGCAGGCACAUUACGUGACGUUCUAUGCAUUACUAAGCCUAAGCAGCCGUUCAUAAAGAAAUAUGGAAAUCCGAAACAAAUAAAAGCGUUAACAGUACAAGAAAUUGCCACAUACGGUUAUCAGAUAUUAGAGGCUCUAGGAUUCCUUCAUGAAAAAGGAUUACCUUACGGACAUUUACACACCGGCAAUGUUCUUUUAACACCAAGAUGCGCUAAAUUGUUGGAUAUAGAAAAUGGACUCCUAGGCUUACCGGCGUUUUACCGGCCUUACGUGGUUCAAAGGCGCAAAUUACAUGCCACGACUCAGGUUGAUGUAUACUCAUUUGGACAUGUUUUGUACGAAAUGACGUUCGGACGACCACUUUUGGAGGCAACGUGCUCCGAUUUACCGCAUUGCGAUGCGAAUCUAAAAAAUUUGCUGGAGGUUAUCCUAUCGCCGGAAGCUUUGAAACAGGAUCUGCCAACGGUGGUGCGACUGUUGGAACACCCAUUCUUCGAAUCGGCGAGGCGCGCUGCAUUGGCGAUUGGCACUGCGGAGAAGCCGUACUUUAAAUUGAGUAAUCAUUUGAAGGAGGCUCUGCAAGAAGCUGUAAACAAAGCCGAGCAACGACUGCGCGAUGAACAGAAAGUCGCCCGACAUCAGAAGAGGCUUGUCAAGGUUCAAGAAAUGAUGAGCUCAGAAGAAGAAAUGAAAAAGCGAAAGCAUAAACUGAAGAAAGAGCAGAGAUUGGCACAAGAACAACGUUCUUCCUCGCAGCUGGGUACGAACGGGACGAAGCAAAUAAAUGGUAAGAGCCCAGAGCGUUCGGACAGCCCAACAAGUACUUCCACGGCCACCAGCGUUGGAACGUUGACUCCUCCAUCGCUUCGUUCUGUGGAAAUUACGCAAGCAAAUGCAGUUCCUGGGAAAGGUGUUCCACCGCCACCUUCGUUGCCACCGCCAUGUGAAGCAUCCGGUAGUGCGUCGAAUAGUGUAUCAAACUCAUCGAAUGAUCGUGCUGCUUUACUCGGAAGUAUUUGUAAUUUUGACAAGACUAGACUGCGAAGGAUUACAAAUGGACAUCGUUAGAAACAUUAGGUAUAUAGAUGACAAAAAGAAGUCACGCAGAUUUACUUACAAAUCUGACGUCACUGCUGUGCAAUGUUGAACAAAGAACUUCCCUUGCUUGAUUAGGACGAGAUAACGUACCUGUAGAUUAUUACGGACGCUAAGGUUGUCUGGAUGAUAGCUGUAUCGUGCUUCUUGCGACUCCUAAUGAUACCGAAUAUUAUUUCUCCUCGAUCGCGACACUUGCAUUUUACGAAUUUUUAAAAUUUCGACAUCUUGUUUAUUGACGCUCGCUACGUGGACAAGAUUUUUAGCUAAAAGCAAAAUUAUAUUAAGAGUAUACUAUAUUAAAUUUGUGAUAUAUAUAUAUAUUAUGAUCGAUAUUAGUCCCGAUAUUGGCCUAUACUCUGCGUUUUUACGAAACAUAAUGCAACGCUUGCUUCGUCUAUAUAUUAGAUCUGCCGUCCAGGAAUCAGCCUAAACGUACAGAACAACCAAUCAAAAUAUCAAUUGCUUUAGAAAAUUUGACAUCUUUACGAGUCGUCUCAUAUCAUGUUCUUUCCAUAUAUAUGUGUAUACACUAGAAAUUACAUAAUUUAAAAAAUAUUGUACAAUAUAAUAGUAUACAAUUGUACAUUGUCUAAUUUACGGAACACGUGCGUACAGUAAUUGUGCUGGGAGCAAUUUGAAACAUUUUUUAAAUUUUAUUUCGAUUGACUUUUAUGACUGCUUGACUGUGUAAAUCAAGGCUAUACAUUCACGAUACAAUUAUUCGAGAAAUUCUCAAUUUUCUAGUCCAACAUAUCUUCUUCUUAUACAGUUAAAUAGCAUUAUAGAAUUUUGUAACAUCUUGUUUAACGCGGGCCAAGUUUCGCGAUCGAUUUUAUAUUAUUGUUGAGGUCAGGUCUUAUUUUUCUUUUUCUAUAUACAUGUAAUAUAUCAAAUUUGUUUGAAGGAAAAAAAAAUGAAAAAGGCAGUGAUAUAAUGGAGUGAUAGCAUGUACACGUAUGUAUAUUAAGUAAAGUUUCUCUCGUUAUACUCAUCUACUGUUCUGUCUAUUCAAAGUUUAUGACAUACAUAAUAUAUAUAAAAUUACAUAGUUCUCGUUCGUGUUCGUACGGUACAAUGCGAGGAUCGUACGCGGCUUUUGUAUCGCUCCGCCAAGACCGGAAUGUGUCCAGUUAUUACAAAUUAAAAAUGUGCCAAGGGGAUACGCGGUCUUCGUGUUGAUAGAUAAUAUGAUACCAGCAGUUGUGUAGGGCAUAGCGUAAUCUAUUUCUAUAUGUCGGCAACAGUCAAGUGUAUGUCCUGUAUAAUCAAUUUGUGGAUUAUAACGAAAACUGUAAUAUAUAAUCACACCUUUUAAUAUACUUAUCACUGUCUUAGAUGUAUAUGGCAACUGUAUAAUUACGAUUCAUGGAAUAUGACUUCUGGCACGGAUGACGAUGAUAAUAAUUCAAAAGGCAUAUAGAUAAUAAAGUAGAAAUAAAGACUAUAUUUAUCUCUACUGUUCAGGAUAUCUAUUACAUCAGUAUCGGCUUCCAAAAGGUUGUCUACAUAUGUACACUCAAGAGUAUAAGAGAGUAAGCUCUUGUAAUUUCAUGAAAUUUUACGUUCGGAAUCUACGCAAUGAAAUCUUGCAGGAAAAAUAUCGUGACAUUACCAGAGUUUAUAAUAUAAUGUAAUUUGAUAAUGUAGAUAUUUUUUUGAAAAAAAAAAAAAACACGUUGGGCCGAAG